UUGUCCUUUUUCCUCUUUUAUCAUGCAUUUUAAUUUUGUAUAACGUUCCCGCUUUCGUAUCGGGCCUACUUUCGAAGAUUUUUUCUGGAAUAAUUUUUUAUUUAACAUACGCUUACCUUAGAAUUGCAUUAAUAUUUUUGGCGAACCAUACGUUAUUUUGGGUCGUGGGUAGGGUUUUCUUGGCCACCUAUCCUUAAGGCAGAUUUUUUAAUUUCUCUAUCAUUUUAACAAGCAUGAUUUUUAAUAACAUUUUCCCCCAAAAUUUUCAUUGAUUUUUUAAAAAAUUUAUAAAUACGUUUAUUUAUUUCCAAAUCUUUUUUUAUAAAAUUUUAAUAUUUUUUGUUUAUCCAUCAUUUCAUUUUUAACUUUCCUCAUUAUUUAUUUUUACUCCCCCCCCCCCUAUAUUUCACCUCUCUCUCAUUUAAAUAAAUGAAGCCUUUUAGUUUUUCAGACAUUUAAAAAAUAUUUUUUCAACUACUUAUUUAUUUAUUCGGCCAUUCAAUUGGCCAUUAAACUGCGCGGAAAUAUGUCCGCUUCUUUAGGAUUGUCAAUAUUUCUUGGAACAAUUAAUUUACUUGUUGUUUGUGGAAAUUUAGCUGUUUUAUAUAUUGUUGUCUCCCAAAAAUCUCUUCACACAAGUACAAAUACUAUUGUUUUUUCUCUCACUUUAUCUGAUUUUUUGCUUGGAUGUUUAAUUUUGCCAUUUUCUAUUACCCAGGAAUUUUCAAAUUCUUGGGCUUUUGGUACUCUUUGGUGCAAAUCAUGGCUUUCUUUGGAUAUUUUGUUAAGUACAGCUUCAAUUUACAAUCUUUUAGCUAUUAGUUUUGAUCGUUAUAUGGCUGUUAAACAACCAAUAAAAUAUGGAAGGUUAAUCUCCUCUAGCAGACUAACAAAAUUCAAUAUUAGCGCUGUUUGGUUAAUUAGUGCAAGUUUAGCUGUCCCUCCAUUUUUGUCAGACCUUUUUAUGGUAACUGCAAGUAAUGAACAAAUGAGUGAUGCUUUACCUGAAGCUAACUAUUCUGAAGCAUUUUUGCAAUUUGAGGGGACUUGCACGCCUGUAACUAAUUCUGAUUUUUAUAUUCUAUUUUCUGCAACUAUUUCGUUUAUUUUGCCAAUGAUUUUGAUGAUUGGACUAAAUGCAAGUAUUUUCUGCACAGUUCUCGAUUCUAGACGAAAACUCUCUCAAGCCACAUCCUCAACCUUUCCUGGAAGGAGUACUUCAAUUUUAUUAUCGUCAGCAUCCUACAAACAACACCAACCUUCACAACAUUCAUUAGUCUCUUAUGAUGAAAUUAUUAGAGUUCAUAGAGGAGGAAGUAACACUAAUAUUGGAGGAAUCUGUAAAACAUCAACAACAAAUCCCUCCCAAUAUAGAUCGACGUCAACAUCUGCUCCAACUUGUUAUUUAUCAGAAAUGCAACAACCACAAUCUCCCGUUAUUAGAAAAAAAGUUCGUCGGUCAUUCAAUUUACUCAGAAAGAAAGCUUUACCACCUAAACAUUACGAAUUUUAUCAGCCCUUAUCUCUACCUAUACAACGGGCAAUAAGUCAAUAUGAUAGACAAACAAUAACUUCAAAUAGUAGAAAACCAACAAUAGAAAGUUAUGCUACUUUAACAGCUAAUUCAACAAGUAUUGGAUUUUAUCAAAGGCAGUUAUCAGCAAAUGGAGGCCAACAAAAAGACGAAAUGUCAUUAACUGACACUUUGGGAAGUAAAAGUUUGGAUGCUGAAUGGACAGCUUCUAAUGGAGGAGGAAAUAAUUGUGGAGGAACAGUUUCACCUCCUCCUUAUUUUAGAGAUCAGUGUUUAAGUUGGACAUUUAAUACAAACAAAAUUAGUGCAAGACAAAUUUGGUUGAACAGAAUAAGAAGAAUAAAAACUUCUCGUGAACAAAAACGUAGUUACCAGUCAAUUCUUUCAUCUCCAACAUUUGAUUUAAAUUCUUCCCUUAAUGCACAAAUGGCUUUAAAUAUGCGGAGAUUGCUUGAACAAGAAAGACUUGUUCGUUCAAUUCCUGCUGUUCGACAGCCUUCAAUAAUUGAGAGAACAGCAGAUCGUUCUGUCUGGUUUCCGGCCGUAGUAACUUCUCUAUUUGCUGGAAGUUCAAAAAGGAGUGCAACCAUUUGUCGCCGUCAAAGUGAAAAAUUAUUGCUUUACCCAACAUUACAAUUUGCUAAAACUUCGUUAAGAACAGAGCUUAGAGUUGCUAGAACUAUUGCUGUUGUGGUCGGAUGUUUUACUUGUUGUUGGCUUCCUUUUACAAUUAUCUACGUUGUGCAGGCUUUUCAAUUCUGCCCAAUCGGAAAAUGUAUCCCCGAAUGGUUAUUUACUUUGGCAUUUUGGCUUGGUUAUUCUAAUUCGGCUCUAAAUCCAAUACUUUAUGCGGCUUUUAGUAGAGACUUUCGAAAUGCUUUUUGCCGACUUUUAACGCGUGACAGAAAUUCUAGUUUUAAAAGUAGUGGAUAA